GGGCCACCAGGGACCUGGGCCGUCUCCAAAACCUCCAGUCAGGUUUAGUAGGAGGUUAAAGCUAUUUGAAGCUGCCUCGGGUCUCAGACUUCGUUCGCCCUCCCUCCCUCUCUCACUCUCUCGCUCAGCGUCUGCUCUCGUCCUUCCUGACCGUUGCCUCCUUGGGCUGACCAGUUGGAGCAUCUUGACUUGAGAAGCCACCUCAUUUUUUUUGUUUCCUUAUUUUCUCUGGGAGCUCUACCUGCCACCAACCACCAGCCAUGGAAGCCAUCAAGAAGAAGAUGCAGAUGCUCAAGCUGGACAAGGAGAACGCCAUCGACCGGGCUGAGCAGGCCGAGUCUGACAAGAAGGCUGCAGAGGACAAGUGCAAGCAGCUAGAGGAUGAGCUUAUAGGACUGCAGAAGAAACUCAAAGGAACAGAAGAUGAGCUGGACAAAUACUCUGAAGCACUGAAGGAUGCUCAGGAGAAGCUUGAGCUGUCUGAGAAGAAGGCCACUGAUGCUGAGGGAGAUGUUGCAGGUCUCAACCGUCGUAUCCAGUUAGUGGAAGAGGAGCUUGACCGAGCCCAGGAGCGUCUUGCCACUGCCCUACAGAAACUGGAGGAGGCAGAGAAGGCAGCCGAUGAGAGUGAGAGAGGCAUGAAGGUGAUUGAGAACCGAGCAAUGAAAGAUGAGGAGAAGAUGGAAAUCCAGGAAAUGCAGCUCAAAGAAGCAAAGCACAUCGCUGAAGAGGCUGACCGCAAAUAUGAGGAGGUUGCACGUAAGCUGGUUAUCCUGGAGGGUGAGUUGGAGAGAGCAGAGGAGCGUGCAGAAGUUGCAGAGUUGAAAUGCAGUGACCUGGAGGAAGAACUGAAGAAUGUUACCAACAACCUGAAAUCCCUGGAAGCCCAAUCUGAGAAAUAUUCUGAAAAAGAAGACAAGUAUGAAGAGGAGAUAAAAGUCCUCAGUGACAAGCUAAAAGAGGCUGAGACCCGCGCUGAGUUUGCAGAAAGGACAGUAGCCAAACUGGAAAAGACUAUUGAUGACCUGGAAGAAAAAUUAUCAAGUGCCAAAGAGGAGAACUUGGGGAUGCAUCAAGUCCUGGACCAGACACUACAAGAACUCAAUAGCUUAUAAACCAAAACCAAACAAAUGGUCAACAUUCCAUGGAUAUUUCCAUUUAUUCCACACCAGGGAGCCUCUCGUUCCUGUAACCACAACAGGCGGUGGAGUGAAGGAACCUGCAAUUUUGCUCUUUAUUUUAUUUUUUUUUUUUGCCUGCCACUGCAACAUUUUAAGAAAGUCACGCUCUGUUUCUGCCACCCUCCUGUGCUGUCACCAUUUGCUUUUACCCCUUAUUUGCCCCAUUGUAUUCCCUUCAUUUUGUGAAAUUUAAACAUAAUUUUGAUGUAUGAAAGAGUCAUUUGAGCAGUGGGUGGGUAAAGUCUGGCAUUUUCUUGUACAGGUGUAAAUACAGAUGCAACUGUACAUUAUAGUUGAAGAUCAGUAUUUGUAACAGGUUUAUUUUUUUUUUAAUAUAUAAAGGGUUUGUUGGAGGAAA